AUGCAGUCCGUUGUUGAGUCCAUAAGAAAGGCACUGAAACGGUACGGCUUCCAAUGCAUGUCGGCGAUGUGGUACCCGAUGGACAAAGAGCAGAACUGCCUUCUCAAUAGCGAAACGAUGAAAUCACGACCGAAUCUAUUCAUUUCAGAGGACACCGGUCAUAUGAUGGUUUACUUUGAACAUCCUGAUGCAUUAUUUAUGCGAAGAUUACACGACGACGUAUCUACCUCAAAGCGUGGUCAACGUGUAAUGGGAACAAGGAGAAGUCUAGAUAUCAGAGAUGCAGCCAAUACCACGAUAUACGGAAAUGUCCAAAGCAAAGCGCUCCUUGCUCAAGUGCGCCGUACGCUCAGCAGGCUGCGAAACCCAGUGAAUCAAACUCAGGAUAAGGCAAUCAAGUGUAUAUACCGAGCAAUAAGACAACCGAGACGUCCACAUCCAACAACUUCUCCAACCACUACAACCACACCGGCGAUGACCACCACAUCCGUUGCAGCACAGGUCGCCCCACGACCAGAUACAGAAGCGCUUCGAAUGGCUCUGCGAAGGGAAAUCAGAAAAUUCGUCUCUCAGGAACUGAAACAGAAG